AUGGCUCCGGCAAUGGGGGGUCGCAGAGCGCGAGAAAAGCUGCGGGCUGAGGUGGGAGCGUACCGGGCGGCGGCGGCGGCCAUGCCCGCCUUGAAGGCCGGGCGCGCAGCUCGUGACAGCAUCAUGGCUACGAAUUGAGAUGAGUGGAGAUGGCGACAGCCGUGUGGUGGUGCUUCACUGCUGUCUUUGCUGAGCGGAAGCUCUCAUCGGGCAGUCGGGACACUGAAUUGCUUUCCGCGCUAACAUGCCAAGUGUCACGUGAGCUCCUCCAGCAGAGUACUCCGGAUGCGGUGCCUCUCACCAGCGCCGCCACGCUGGCGGUAGUCCGAGUGUAUUGUGAAGAGUGUCCUUGGCCUAUUCAGAUGCCGAUGAUGGCUAAAAAUGGCCCCAAAGACGACAUCGUCGUGACAACAUUAGGAGGACAUAGGCAUGAGAAAGGAAGGGACAGGUGGCAAGCACCACCCACCAAAGCCUUGACGCAGCGUUCUGCAUGUUGCGCAUCUAAGGAAAAGCAAGCAGCUUCCACCAGGACUGUGUUCACUGGUAGCCGAUUUGCAGCAUGUUAGUGCAUCGAUCGAUGGUGAGGUUACGCAUCUGCUGCAAAGGCCGAACGCCCGUGC